CGUUGAAAGGUGAACUAUCAACAUGAAAGUGCUCGUUGUUUUAGCUCUGGCCAUUGCCUCCGCCUCCGCUGGCAUUCUGACUCCGGGUAGUCCCGUACACCCCCGUGACUUGCCAGCAUCGCUUUCCAUUGAAGGCCGCAUUACCAACGGCAAGACUGCCGUAGCUGGCCAGUUCCCCUACCAGGUCGGACUUAGCUUCUCCAGCGGCAGCAGCGGCUGGUGGUGCGGUGGUUCCAUCAUUGACAACCAAUGGGUUCUGACUGCCGCUCACUGCACCAAGGGUGCCACCUCUGUGACCAUCUACUACGGCGCCACCCAGCGCACUAGCCCUCAACUCACCCAAACCGUCGCCAGCUCCAACUUUGUGCAGCACAGCAGCUACAACUCGAUCAUCUUAUCCAACGACAUCUCCCUGAUCAAGACCCCAUCCGUCACCUUCUCCAGCAGCAUCAACAAAGUCCAACUGCCCGCUAUUGCCAGCUCCUACUCCACCUACGCUGGACAACAGGCUAUUGCCUCCGGUUGGGGCAAGAUUUCCGAUAGCGCAACCGGUGUCGCCAGCACCCUGCAGUACGAAAACUUCGAGGUUGUGUCCGUUGCCACCUGCCAAGCCACCUAUGGUUCUCUGACUGUCACCAGCAAGGUUAUCUGCGUUGCUACUCCCAACAAAAUCUCCACCUGCAGCGGCGAUUCCGGCGGCCCACUGACUCUGGCCAGCGAUGGCAAGCUCAUCGGUGUUACCUCGUUCGUGUCCAGCGCUGGUUGCGAGUCUGGUGCCCCAGCUGGUUUCACCCGCGUGACCAGCUACUUGGACUGGAUCAAGGAAAACUCUGGCGUUUCCUACUAAACGACAGCAACUUGCCGAAUAUGUGGCUGAAAUAAAAAUACAAUAAUAGCUAAA